AUGUCGCUGCCCUCCGUCUACCAGCACAAGUUCGCCGAGAAGCUGACGAUCCUCAACGACCGGGGCCGCGGCGUCCUCGUCCGCAUCUACAACAUCAAGAAGACCUGCGGCGACCCGCGGACGCGGCCGCCGCCGCUGGGUGACAAAGCGCUGGAGCCCUGCGCCCGCUUCGUGCACAAGAAGUUCCCCCAGCUGGACGUGCGCGGCAGCACGCAGCACCUGGGCCCGGUGCACAAGGACAAGGGGGACAUUGCCCGGGCGCUGGGGCCCUUCUACCACUCCUUCGUGGACGUGCUGGAGUUCAGGGACCACGUCUAUGAGCUGCUGAACACCAUUGACGCCAGCCAGUGCUUCUUCGACAUCAAUGUCAACUACGACUUCACCAAGAGCUACCUGGACCUGGUUGUCACCUACGUGUCCCUCGUCCUGCUGCUGGCCCGCACUGAGGACCGCCGGGUGCUCAUCGGCAUGUACCACUGCGCCCACGAGAUGAUCCACGGCACCAGUGACCCCAGCUUUGCCCGCUUGGGCCAGAUGGUGCUGGAGUACGACCACCCGCUCAAGAAGCUGGUGGAGGAGUUCGGGCCGCACACCAAGGCUGUCACCAGCGCCCUCCUGUCCCUGCACUUCCUCUUCGCCCGGAGGAACCAGGCGGCCGAGCAGUGGCGCAACGACCAGCUCCUGAGCCUGCUCAGCACCGCCGGCACCAUGCUGAGCCCCGCCAGCUCCGACACCAUGGCCUGCGAGUACCUGUCCCUGGAGGUGAUGGAGCGCUGGAUCGUCCUGGGCUUCCUGGUGUGCCCGGGGGCGCUGGGGACGUCGCCGCAGUGCCUGGAGCUGUGGCGGUUGGCGCUGCAGGGCUCCCUGCACGUCACCCUCGUGCGCGACGAGGCCCUGGCCGUGCACAAGGUCACCGAGGAGCUGCUGGGCGGCCUCAAGGGCUACGGGAAGCGGGUGACCGACCUCAAGGAGUGCAAGGAGCACGCCGUGGCGCACAGCGGGGCCCUGCACCGCGGCCGCCGGGCCUUCCUGCGCGGGGCCCUGCGCGAGCUCGAGGCGCUGCUGGCCGACCAGCCCGGGCUGCUGGGGCCCAAGGCCCUCUUCGCGUUCAUGGCGCUCUCCUUCUGCCGGGACGAGGUGAGCUGGCUGGUGCGGCACGCCGAGCACGUCACCAAGACCAAGACGCCUGAGGACUUCACCGACAGCCACGUGGCCGAGCUGCUGUUCCUCAUGGAGCAGCUGCGGGCCCUGGUGCGCCGGCAGGCCGGGGUGCUCCAGCGCUACCACGUGCAGUACCUGGCCCGCUUCGACGCCCUGGUCCUCAGCGAAGUCAUCCAGAACCUCUCCGUGUGCCCCGAGGAGGAGUCCAUCAUCCUGUCAUCCUUCGUCAGCUCCCUCUCCGCGCUCUCCCUCAAGCAAGUGGAGGACAAGGAGCCGUUCGACUUCACGCCGCUCCGCCUGGACUGGUUCCGGCUGCAGGCCUACACCAGCGUGGCCAAGGCGUCCCUGCCGCUGGCCACCAACCCCGACGUGGGCCGCGUGAUGAACCUCAUCGUCUUCCACACCAAACUGCUCGACUCCCUCGAGGACCUGCUGGCUGAGACCUCGGACCUCUCCGACUUGUGUUUCUACCCUCGUCCCGUGGAGAAGAUGUUCUUGGCCACGAUGGAGGAGCCCUCGAUGCUGCGCUACAGCAUCGCCUUCCCUCUGCUCUGCAGCCACUUCUCCCGCUGCAACCACGCCAUGUGUCCGGAGGAGUAUCCCCACCUGAAGGCGACAGCGCUGGGGCUGUGCAACAAGUUCCUGGAGGAGAUGGCCCGGCAGGCCAGCGCCUGUGUCAUGGAUGCCUGCGCCGAGCAACACAACCUCAGCGAGCAGCUGCUGCCCAAGCACUGUGCCUCCACCGUCAGCAAGGCCCGCAACAAGAAGGCCUCAAAGCAACUGUCCAAGAAAGGGGAACCUGAGAGGGACAAGCCGGGGACCGAGAGCCAGAGGAAGGACCGGACCCUGACCACCAACAUGGACAAGCUGCACCUGACGCUGGCCGAGCUGUCCCUGAGCCUCAACCAUGUGCCCAACUUCACUGUCUUUGAGCACACGGUGACGCCGGCCGAGUACCUCAGCAGACACCUGGAGACACGGUUCACCAAGGCCAUCGUGGCCAUGGCAGGCUACAGCCAGGCCACGCAGGAAGUGGCUCGGCCCUCGGAGGUGCUGGUGGGGCUCAGCGCCUACAUGACCUUCAUCCAGUCACUGGAGCAGUUUGUGGGCGUGGACACGGGGCGCAUCAUCCGCAACGUCCUCCUGCAGCAGACGCAGCCCCGCGAUGCCUCGGGUGAGCAGACGCUCACCACCAUCUACACCAACUGGUACCUGGAGGCGCUGCUGCGGCAGGCCAGCAUGGGGGCCAUCGUCCUGGCACCCGCCCUGCAGGCCUUCGCCACGGUGCCCCGCGAGGGCGAGCCGCCCUUCAGCGCCGCCGAGUUCUCCGACGUCUCUGAGAUGCGGGCGCUGGCCGAGCUCCUCGGUCCAUACGGCAUGAAGUUCCUGAGCGACAACCUCAUGUGGCACGUGGGCUCCCAGGUCGGGGAGCUGAAGAAGUUGGUCAACGAGAACAUGGACACGCUGGUGCAGCUGCGCGCCAACUCCUCCAAGCCCGAGCAGAUGGCUGCUCUGCUGCCCCGGCUCACCUGCGCCGACAGCGUGCUCAAGCGCCUGACCAUCGUCGGCGAGAUCCUGAGCUUCCGCGCCAUGGCGCAGCAGGGCCUGCGAGAGGUCUUCUCCCACCGCUGCCCCUUCCUGGCGGGUCCCAUCGAGUGCCUGACGGACGUCGUCAACCCGGACACUGAUAUCCGGGUCACCCUGAGCAUCUUCGAGCUGGCCUCGGCCGCGGGGAUCCCGUGCGAGAUCGACCCCGCGCUGGUGAACGUCCUCGCCGGCAGCAAGACUGAUGGCUCAUCCCCGGAGGAGGACUACAAGGUGACCUGCCUGCUUCUGGUCUUCGUGGCCGUGUCCCUGCCCCUCCUGGCCUCCGACCCGGCCUCCAUCUACAACACUGAGACGGACGGUUACAACAACAACAUCCACUGCCUGGCCAAGGCCAUCAUCCACGUGUCGGCCGCGCUCUUCACCAUCCACAACAAGAACAUCGAGACCCACCUCAAGGAGUUCCUGCUGUUGGCCUCCGUGAGCCUCCUGCAGCUGGGCCAGGAGACGGACAAGCUGCGCGCCAGGAACCGCGACUCCGUCUCCCUGCUUCUGCAGCUGCUCGUGGCGGAGUCGUCCUUCCUCACGGUCGACAUGCUGGAGACCUGCUUCCCCUACGUCCUGCUCCGCAACGCCUACCGCGAGGUGUGCCGGGAAAACCUGCUCGGCAGGGUCGCCCCGCACUGAUCUGCUGCCCCCGGAGCCGACGCCGUGCCCCUGGUGCCGACGCUGUGCCCCCGGUGCCGACGCCGUGCCCCCGGUGCCGACGCCGUGCCCUCGGUGCCGACGCCGUGCCCCUGGCAGCGACUUGAUCUUCUCGACCUGCUCCGGUUUCCUGGCGCCGAUCUGGUUCCUUCGCAGCGACCCAACCUCCUCGCUCCCACCCUGGUGCCUUUGCGCUGACCCGAUCCCCUCGCACCGACCCGAUCUCCUCGCACCGACCUGGUGCUCUUGCAUAAACUUGGUGCCCUCCUACUGGCUUAGUCCCCUUGCACCAAUCUGGUCCUUUGCACUGACCUGGUUCCCUUGCACCCAUGCAGCCCCGUGGCACCGAUCUGAUCCCUUCGCACCCACACUGUCCCCUUGCACCGAUCUGCUCCCCUUGUGCUGAUGUGGUGCCCUUGCACCCAUGCCAUCCCCUUGCACCCACACAGCUCCUUUGCACCGACCUGAUUCCCUUGCACCCGUGCAGCCCCCUUGCACUGACCUGAUUCCCUUGCACCGACCUGGUCCUCUUGCACCCAUGCAGCCCCCUUGCACUGAUCUGGCCCCCUUGCACCGAUCCAGUCUCCUUGCACUGGUUCAGUCCCCUUGCACCAGUUUGGUCCCCUUGCACCAAUCUGGUCCCCUUCCACAGACCUUGUCCCCUUGCACCCAUGCAACCUCCUUGCACUGAUCCGAUCCCCUUGCACCGAUCCGAUCCUCUUGCACCGAUCUGGUCCUCUUGCACUGAACUAGUUCCCUUGUACUCACGCAACCCCCUUGCACUGAUCCGGUCCCCUUGCACGCACCCGUCCCCACCGUGGUGCCUCCCCCCCACCCCAGCCCACCUCAGCUCGCGGCCUCCUUCACUAAACGAGUUUCUCCCCAGUGA